AUGUUUGCUCAAAAUGGAAUGGAUGGAUCUGCGAACCAAUGGCAAAUGUCGCAGAUCCAACCAGUGCCACAGAACGAUGCAGGUGACGCCCAAGACAUGGAGGAGGGUGACAACGCUCACCGCCCACCAAACGCCUUCAUUCUCUAUUCCCAGGCUAUGAGAACCCAGGCAAGACAGGAGAACCCAUCGCUCUCCAACACAGAGGUCUCCCGUCUCCUCGGCAAGAUGUGGAAGGAAGUACCAAACGAGAUCAAGCUCCAGUACAAGCAGAAGGCCGCUGCCAUGCAAGAAGAGUUCAAGCGUGAGCACCCAGACUACACAUACAGAAAAGCCCGCAGGAAACGUGCUCUCAACGAGCUCCUCACCAAGAGCUCCACUGGAUUCCCAGGUUUCCCAAUUGGAAACGCUCAGUACCCAGCUGGUGAUAUGAGCCAGUUCCAGGGUAUGCCACCAGCUGCCCAGAACUUCAACAUGGGAUUCCCACAGCAACCAGCAGACCAGAACGCUAACAACAACUUUAUGAACCAGUCUAUGAUGCCAAUGUCCUCCAUGAAUCUUCAUGGCAUGCCAAACCCAUCUCUCAUGCAAAUCGGAAAUAUCGCUCAAAUCCCCCAGACAGGAAUAUAUCCAUUCAAUCCUAAAUGA